UUCAAAUAAUAUUAACUAUUCCAAAGUACCUAUCCUUCUAUUAUGGUCUCUGGUAGAAAAUGGAAACGAAAAAGGUGCACAGCAAGUCAGGAACCGUUCCAAAAGCUGGAACUUUGGACGCCUCAAAUUUUAAAGGAUGGCCAAUGGCAAACACAAUUUUUGUUAUGCUUUGUCAAAGUUUUGUCAAUGCCAAAGUAUGACUCGAUUUUCCUCCCGUAUUACUACAGGUGAGUACCAAACGUGAUGCGCUAAUUGGCCAAAACUAAAUACGGUGCCGCGCAACGCUGAGGUCCUAAUUACACUGAGACAAUUAGGAAAGGCUGAGUCGCUGGUUCUAGUUACAAAUGCCCUUUGUGCUAACUUUGGUUGGUUGGGGAGUGAUUUGUUUUGUGGGGACCUGUUGUUAAACUAAACACCGGUAAUAAAGGAAAAUACUCUUAGAGAACAACAAAAAAAAGUUACUCGAAACACAAGCGAAGGCAAGGAGAAGCAUGGGGGAUUCUAAGUGCCUCUCCGAUAGCUACCACAUCUCUCUGAGCGAGAUUCUGGAGCUGCAGGGCCAGCCCGUGAGCGAGGAGCAGGCGUGGGCCCUCUGCUACCAGCUAUCCAGCCUGAUGGUGCAGAGCCAGCGCCUGCAGGGCUGCGGAGACCUCUCUCGGUGGAAGGCACCCUGGAUCACCGGCAUGGAGAGCGUACUGUUGAAGAACGAUGGGACGGUGGUCCUAAAAACAAAAGAACGAAUAAAAGGAUCUUUUGAGCUGCAGACCGAAGAUGACAUGGUGGAUUUUCUGGGAAGAAUGAUCUACUCCUGCCUGGACUGGGGUUUAGGCAGUAAUGUGGAGAGAGACCUGAGUGAGACCCUGGAGAUCCUCAUCUGCCAAAUGACUAAACUGGACACCAGCCACAAUAGACCAGGGGAGCCUUUCCAGCCAGUCUGCACGUUCUCUGAAGUUAUUCAGGUCUGUGAGGCCCGCCUGUACAGCCCAGCUAUGGCUGCACACCAUUACAGAGCCAUCUGCUCCAUACUGUUUGCAGAGACUGUAGACAUUUGCCGGUAUCUUCAAAAAAUACAGAAUGCAAAGGAGACUCUGCAGAAAUUGGUGAAUAAAUCGGAUGGCAGCAUUGUAACCCCUGUUACGACAGACUGGGUUUUCACCUGGAAACAUGUGAUUGAAGAGCUGAGGACAGGUGUGAAGCUGAAGUCCAGGUCGGAGCGUCGCAACGUCACUGCGCCGGCUCAGGCCCCACUCUCCCCUUAUGAGCAGCUGCUGCGUGAUAUUCAGUCCAAGAGGUACACUCUCCGCAAAGUCAAGGCGGUGGGUAAUCUGCCAAAAAGGGAUCCCCAUGAAGCUCUUCUGGACUUUGUUCGUUCCAACCCCAGACUGAGGCCUGCAUCGGACCGUAAAUUAAAGAAGCGUCCUAAGGAAGCAGCCAGUCUCCAUGAGCUGCUGAUGGAAGAAAUCCGAUCUGCUGCCAAACUGCAACCAUUGUCCUCCCACAGGAGGAGGGCAGCUUGUCAAGAGAACAAUACGUCUCCACCGAAUUGUGUUAUCUCAGUGUCUGUUUAUGAGGAUUCUUUCUCUGAUGACUCCUUCUGCCUGUUGAAGCCUAUUCCCACUCCAGAUCUCAAGGAGUCAGGGUCUGAGGAAGACAGCAGGUAUUUGGAGAACAGUGAUGAGAAGCUGUGUGAGAACGCAAGCAACAAACCAGAUCGAGAUCUGAAGUUCUUCCCUUUGCUGUCGUCAUCACCGAUAGAUCUGCUGAGCAACCCAUCUGGACACAGGAAAAGGUCCAAGUCAUUUGACAGCUUCGAACUCGAGAAAAAGGUCUGUUUGCCUCUUACAAUUGCAGACGUGAUCAGGGUGCGUCAGGCAGAGAUGGGGAGGUUGCAGAACCUCUCCUACAACAGCUACACUAACUUGAGGGUCUGUGCGUGUUGCCAGAAGAGGAGCCUAUAUUUUACCUGGCAUAAUUCUUGCUACUUUUGCAACAGGGUUGUGUGCCCAGAGUGUUGUAUUGAGAUGCUGUUGCCCAACAAGUGGUGCAUGAAUCUCCCAGUGAGCUUCUUCAAGAAGAUCGUUGUGACUAAGGAAGCACUGCUAAUGGGCCAGGACAUUGAAAACACAUUUUGGCAGGAGCGGUGGUCUUGGGAUAGCACCAGAGUUCCUCUGGUCCUGGAAUCAAGGGUGAUUAAAACAGCCCCACAGCACAGACUGGCAAUGAAGGACUGGUACAGUAAAGACAUCUGUGUGAGGUGCAAGAACUUCCUCGUUGAAGCCUGUGAUGCUGUGCUCAGUCUACGUGCUUCUCCAGUGCCAAGAGAAAUCUGAUUCUUCUCGGAGAUGCAGUUUAAGCUUGUCCCCCCUCUCCCCACCCAAAGCUUUUUUUUUUGCUAAGGCUUGUCUCUUACACCACCUUCAGCACUUUCUAAUUGAACUCCACCAGCUUCACACACUAAGUAGAACUGUUCCGUUUCAUCUUUGAUAUGUGCAACACACUCCUCACUAGUCACACGACACUUGUUUUUAAAAGCACAAAUUUUUCCAUGCUCUGAUUUUUUUUCCCAUGUUGUUUUGUUCAUAACAUCCCAUCCCGCAAGCUUUAGUGUUUUAUAAGGCUUUUUAAAUGUUUUUAAAAUGAUUGUGUCUGAAAUAAAUGUGAUUUUUCUGCUC